AUGGCACAACUCAAUCUCACAUUGCUACUCAUUUUCCUCGCUCUCUUCUUCUCAUUUCUUGCCACCCCAGUUGAGCCAUCAUCCCGGACAACACACAAAAAUCUUAAAACAAUGACCUUCAUAAAGUCCUCUUGCAAUGGCACCCUCUACCCAUAUCUCUGCAUCCGUUGCCUGGCUCAAUAUGCCAAAUCCCCCAUAAAUGGUCAACAACACUUGGCUCAAUAUGCCUUGUCAGUGAGCCUCUCUAGAGCAGUGCACACAAAAGGGUACCUUUUGAAGGUGGCAAAGGAACUUCAAGCCAUCAAGAGCAACAAAAGAGAGUACCUAACCUUGCAAGAUUGUGUGAACCAAAUCACUGAUAGUGUGGAUCAACUAAGCCAAGCCAUGAAAGAACUUCGUAGUUUCAACCAACACGGGUCCACCAUCAAUGAUAACAUGUUAUGGCACAUCAGCAAUGUUGAGACAUGGGUGAGCACUGCCUUGACAGAUGCCAGUAGCUGUGUGUACUCAUUUCCUGGUCAUAGGAUGAGCAAGAGAGUGGCUGCUAUCAAGGUUAAGGCCAUGAAUGUGGCACAAGUUACAAGCAAUGCACUUUUCUUGUUUCACAGAUAUGCAUCUACAUACCAGAAACACACAACUAUGACCACCAAUAAUUCUUAG